ACCUUCACAAACCCGGUCUUCACCUCUAUGCAGUUCGCUCCUCGCCGGAAAUGGAAUCUACUAAUCGAAAGCUCUACCAAAGAUGGUUUCUUCUUAGAAUCCCUUGAUCUCUACUCUUCAUUGCUGAAGUCUGGUUGUCACGGAGACCACCUUACAUUUACUUUCGUGGUGAAGGCCUGCGCUCAGCUGGCUUCCUUAUGGUCUGGCAGAAAAGUCCAAUCCCAUGUAAUCUUACUUGGUUUCCAAUCCGAUGUCUUUGUUCAGACUUCUCUUUUGGAUAUGUAUUCCAAAUGCUCUUUCUUGUCCGAGGCACGACAGAUGUUUGAUGAAAUGCCAAGCAAAAGCGUGGUUUCCUGGAACUCUAUGAUCUCUGCUUAUGCCAAGGAGUUCCAGAUAGACGAGUCGUUUCGGCAUUUCAAUGAAAUGCGCUCUUGUUGUUUCAUUCCAUCCUCAAGCACUUGCGUCAGCCUUGUAUCAGGAUGUUCUGGCUCAACUUCUGCCCUACAGCAGGGUAAAUCGGUCCAUUGUUUUGGAAAGAUCAGCCAUCACUUACACCACCAUCUUUGGUGGCUAUGCAAAGCUUGGAGAUUGUUUUAUGGUGCUGAAUCUCUUCAAUCAAAUACGCUUGAAACAGAUAGGUCUGGAUGCCAUUGUAUUUGUCAAUCUUAUUUCAUCUUGUGCUCUUUUAGGAAGAUUGCUGAUAGCAUCCUCUGUGCUUUCUCUUUUGAUCAGAAAUGGUUUCGAUUGCAAACCUAAUGUUGCUGCUGCAGUAGUUAAUAUGCUUGCAAAAUGUGGUGAUAUAUUUUCUGCUAGAAAGUUUUUUGAUUCUGUCACUAACAAGGAUGUCCUCCUUUGGACUUCAAUGAUUGGUGGCUAUGUUCAUGCUGAUCUCUCAAGAACAGCAUUAGAUCUUUUUGAGGAUAUGAUAAGUACAGAUUUGCCACCAAACAAGAUAACAAUCAUCACCAUACUAUCAGCUUGUGCUGCCAUUGGUUCACUCUCUGCUGCUGAACAAAUUAUUGAACACAUAGAUGCUUAUGGGUUUCAAUCAGACUUGCAAACUCAAACCUCGUUGAUCCACAUGUACUGCAAGUGUGGGAGUUUAGAGAGAGCUGAAGAAAUAUUCAAUGCCUUAUCUCGCAAGGACUUGGCGGCAUGGAGCUCCAUGAUAAAUUGCUAUGCUUUUAAUGGCAAGGGAGAAGAAUCACUUGCUCUGUUUAAGGAGAUGCUGAAGGACAAAAGCAUUAAGCCAGAUGCAGUAGUUUUUACUGAUGUUUUAUCAGCAUGUAACCAUUGUGGUUUGGUUAAGGAAGGUUUGAAAUGCUUCACAAGUAUGCAACUGCAAUAUGGUAUUGAACCUAGCAAAGAACAUUAUUCAUGUAUGGUAGAUCUUUUGAGCAGAGCAGGAUACAUUGAUUCAUCUUUGGAAUUCAUCGGUCAAGUACCGGUUCAAUUAAGAAGUCAAUUAUGGAGUCCUUUUCUUAGUGCAUUAAGAGCUUGUAAUGGUGCUCUUGGAGAAAAUAUCUUGCCCAGUAAGUGGGAGGUGGAGGGAGAGAGCACAGGGAAUCAUGUAUUACUUGCUGGUAUAUCUGCUUCUUUAGGGAAGUGGAAAGACGCUAGAGAUUUCAGAAUGUCAAUAGACAAGAGAGGGUUGAGAAAGGAAGCUGGAUGGAGUAGAACUGAGCUUUAUAGCUGAACAACCUAUGUAUAUUUAGAUUGUACAGCACAAUUGAGAUUUUUCUUAGUAAAUUAUUUAUGUAGCCAUUCGCUUUCUUUGUAACGCUUCGCCACAUUGUUCGGGAAGAAGUUCAUUUGAUUGGAGCACUUAGAAUAUUUAAUGUAUGUGAGCAUUAUGUAAAAA